AAUGAUAUUGGAGAAUGUUGACAUGUCUCAGGAAGUAGAUGGUGUGUACACGGACUGUAGUGACACUGAGGACAAGCGUUUUGUGAAUGAUCGAAUCCUUCGUUAAUUCUGUAGUUUCACUUCAGAGCUAAGUAGCUAACAGCUAAGCUAACCUAACCGGUGUUUCCUCGCUGUCUCAUGUCGGCCGGGCUCUCCUCCCCGACAGCCGCCGUCCGCCUCUCCUAGCUGGGGUGGACAUACAUGGGGACCCGUGUCGCCAGAGAAUGGAGGCUCUAACCCGGCGUCAUCAUGGCUGCUGUGUCGGUGUGGCGCUACACCAGCGGCCGAGUCCUCGGAGGCUGGGCCCCGCUGCUGUGCGUCCUGCUGGGCUCUCUGGUGGCCCUGCUGCUGCCUCUGGUGGGAGUCGAGGACCAGUGCUGCGCCGCCAUGAGGGGCAUCGCCCAGCUGCGGUGCCAGCUGUGGGGGAGACCUCCUCCGCCUCCAGCGGUGCAGUCCACCAGCCUCACCGUCCCCUUCACCGCCCUGGAUGUGCUGCCUCACCGGUCCAAGCCCAGCAAAGAGAUGCUGCUGGAGUCUAAAGCGGCGCUGCAGCAGGCUCUGGAGAUGAGGAAACUGGGGAAGAGGGAGAAGGCUCACAAGCUGCUGGUGCACGCUCUGAGUAUGAACCCUGACUUUGUGGAGGCCCUGACGGAGCUGGGGACUAUUCUGGAGGAGGAGAAAGAUGUCGUUCAGGCAGACCAUCUCUACACCAAGGCCUUGGCCAUCUCACCGUGUAACGAGCGGGCCCUAGUCAGCCGAGACCGAACUCUACCCCUGGUGGAAGAGAUUGACCAGCGUUACUUUAGCAUCAUUGACAGCAAAGUGCGCAGGCUUAUGUCCAUUCCUAAAGGCAACUCUGCGCUCCGUCGAGUGAUGGAGGAAACCUACUAUCACCACAUCUACCACACGGUGGCCAUCGAAGGCAGCACGCUCACUCUCUCUGAAAUCCGUCACAUCCUUGAGACGCGUUACGCCGUCCCUGGGAAAAGCCUGCAGGAGCAAAACGAGGCCAUUGGUGUAGAUGCGGCCAUGAAGUACAUGAACACAACACUUUUGUCCAGAUCAGGCGCCAUCACCGUCAGCGACAUCCUGGAUAUCCACCGGCGAGUGCUCGGCUAUGUGGACCCUGUGGAGGGAGGGAGGCUGCGCACCAGCCAGGUGUUUGUGGGCCACCACAUCCCGCCGCACCCUCAGGACCUGCAGAGACACAUGCAGGAGCUGGUUCAGUGGCUCAACUCUGACGAGGCCCUGCAGCUGCACCCUGUGGAGUGUGCAGCUCUAGCCCACUACAAACUGGUGUACGUGCACCCGUUCAUCGACGGCAAUGGACGCACAUCGCGCCUGCUCAUGAACCUUGUCCUGAUGCAAGCACGAUACCCACCGAUCACAAUUCGCAAAGAACAAAGGGCUGAAUAUUAUGCCGCUCUGGACACAGCCAACGAGGGGGAUGUGCGGCCUUUCAUUCGCUUCAUAGCCAAAUGUACAGAGAUAACAUUGGACACUUUACUGAUUUCUACGACGGAGCACGCUGUGGGGCUGCCGGGGUCCAGACAUGACCAGGACUGUUCCGACUGCAAACAGACCAUCCCAAUACACAACUGAGCUGGAGCUGGGGGAGAAAAGGAUGAACCAUGAAAAGCAUUUAGAAAUAAGUUAAAACUUCUGUAAAAACAAUCAAAUCCAUGUCCUCAGUUUGAGUUCUUUCCUGCUGAAUUCACUGAAACUGCUGCAGGAUGAUUAAUUGAAAUGUUUAAGAUUGUUUUUGGUUUAGGUUUGUUUUCGUACAAACCCAUUUCUUAGUUUUAUUUUAAGGAGUUUAAGGUAUUUUGAUUCCCAUUAGAAUCUAGUUUCAGGUUUGACUGCUGGUGAUGUGAGGAGGAAACAGCUUUGUCGGGAGGAAACAGCUUUGUGAGAUGCUUAAGUUAUUUUCACUGCUGACGUGUCCAGUGUGUGAACAUUCACUUCACCAUCUUCGGCAUCAUGAUGACGUGUCAUGACACUGUAAAGCACUUUCAACUAUUUGAUAACUUAUUUUAUUCUAAACUUAAAAUUGUAACUUGUAUAACUUUCAUUAUGUCUUCGGGUUAUAAAGUUUAUUAAUGAAAAAUGCUGUGAGUGCCAUACUGGGAUAAAAGAUGAUUUACAUGACUUUAUUAAAACAAGUUUUAGACCAGAGAAAAAA